CUCCGCGCCAUCCUAAAUAAAUAUCCCCUUUGUUCCUUUCGAAUCUUCAGUAUAAUUCGGUCUCGGGCGCGAAACCGCUCAGCUCCGAGGGAUAAAGAAUUACAAAGGGAGAGGUCGCAAGCCUAUUUAUCGUCCCGGCGAGCCUUCACAACCUCUUCACCAUACCGUCACCUCAAGAAAAUGACCUCGAUCGCAACACUUGGUCAUGUCUGCACGAGUUGCAACGUAUUACGCAUUCUCAAUUCGAGUAUCUGCAAACCCGGGUGCGGUAUUCACAUCAACAUGCAACUUGACGACCUUCCAGGAAUGUCCCGCCUGUCGGAGCUUCUACUUCCAGGAGCGUCAAUCGUCUCAAUCAACAAGAGUCUCCAGAACUUUCACCAAUACUGCCGUGUACCAUUGCAAAUUGCUCCUUCAGACCUCGCAAGCGCGAGAAGAGUGUUAAGAAGGCGGCGACAGACCGUCGAAUGCUCGCGCUUGCAGGAAGUGUCUUCACGGAAGAUGGUACAAGGCAGCUGCUUUUGUCAGCGGGUAUCUACGCUUGAAGAAGCUGCAACUUUUCGGAGAAGUAGGACUUUUUUAAGGCGCUUGUUACAGCAAAAGGAAAAAAAAAAAAGAGUACCCACGUUGCGUCUUGACUACUUUUCUAAUCCCCUGUCUUCUUUCCGCAAUAACUCUUCUUAAUGUCAUUCCCAGGCUCUCUAAUUUUCAACGGAUGUUGUCUAGAUUAAAUGGAGGGCUCACGCCAGGUAUCAGGUCUCUAGCUUGGUUGUGGUGUGAGUAAAACGAGAAAGAAUGCUCGACUUUAAAUAUGUUCAAAACGCGACGAGUUUACUACUUUAAUUUCCAUAGCUCUAUUCAAGUCCUAGAAACCACU